GAUCCCUAAGAGAACGAGCGCGAGGGCCUCGCGGGUGAAGUGGCCGUCGUCUCGCUGCCUGGACCGGGGGGGUUCAGAGAGAAGACACCGUCACAGGAGGGACUGUUGAGCCAACACUAAUUGAUAAAAAAAAAAAACAGGAAUAUUAAACUGUGGACGAUUCUAAAAACAAAUGCCACUGAGAGACUGAUGUCAUAAGUUGUCUUAGUCGUUCCGUCUGGAGCCCGCCGCACAGCCGAGACGACAAUCAGCUGAUGUGUGAAACAUGAACCGGCAGGAUCCGCUCAACAGCGUGGACAGUCUCCUCUGCCAGGCUGCCCUCCAAACCCGGGAGCUUUCCCAAAAGAAGAAUGGAAUCAACCAACAAAUUAAAGUUUGCAGAGCGGACAUCGCUGAGAGGAGGUCUCUCGUUGAAGCACUCCACGGAACUAUCAAGACACUUGAGGAGGAGAUCAGGGCGAAGCAGAGCACCGUGGUUCACCAUAGAGCCAAUGCAAAAAGCAUGAAGGCGACUAACAGCCUGCUUCUCCAGUAUGAGCAGACGUUGAGAGCAGAACUUGAGAGCAGGAAAGCCAGCUACGGCCAUGACAUGGAAGUCUACGAAGAGAGGAUUGCAAGCUACAGAAAGAUAUUCCUGUCAAAUAAAGAAUAUUAUUGCCAAAGUCCUCUGGCUCAAAAGCUGCUCAGCCUUCAGGCUGAAAAGGAGGAGAUUGAGUGUCGGAUCAAGGCCUGUGAUGAUCAGAUCACGAGGACACAGACGGAGCUCGAUCGUCUCACUGUUACAGCAGUCACUACUUCUUCCGCUGAGAAACUACCAGACAGUGUUACUGGUCAGCAGCCCACAAACGAACCAGAGAAACAAUUAGAUCCUCAGCCAGACAGUGAUUCUGCCAUCGACACCUUCUGUCUUCAUCUCAACCAGACAAAGAUGUUGCAGAGUGGUCAUGAAGUAUCUGGAGAGGCAAGUGCUGGAGAUAUUCCUGAGGAACACAUGGUUCAGGAUGCUCCUGCAUGCCGUGCUCACCCAGAAGAAGCCGGCACUGAGCUGUGGUCACAUGAACAGCUGGAUGAGCAAAGUUGGCCAGAUGAGAUGCAGACUAAUGAGCAGGAAAAAGAAACAGAACUACAGCACCAAGUUUUGGAACAGCAAUCUAAUGUGUCAGAGGUGGAGGAGGCCGUGGGGGACAAGGUGGAGGAAACAGCAGAUACAGAUGAAGAUCAGACACCGAGCGAAAAGGACAAUGAGGGACUCGCUGAUUUUCUCCAGUCAUCAUCUCAGGGGUCUAAUUGUCAGUCUUGCCUGGCGAAAACGACAACUGCACCUUCAACUCCAGCAUUUCCAUUUAACCUCAGCCCGAACAGCUCCCCACACGGAGGAACCUCCGAUACCAAAUCUCCAGCUUUCCUGUUUUCUCUGAACUCGGAUCCCAGCACCCCAGGCUUCUCUGGAUUUGGAUUUGACAUGGGAACAUCAGACGCUGAGGACACAUCUUUUGGUUUCACUGGCUCUUUUUUCAACGAGAAGAAAACCGCAGAAUCAAAGUCUUCAAGCGGCCCAGAGUUUCUGUUUGAGCAAUCGGCGCAAGAUGAAGACUUUCAGUUUGCCUUCAACUUCAAGAGCCCUCAGGCAACUAACAAAGAGAAGACCAGGGAUGGUUUUCCAUUUUCAUUCAACUUCUGAGAGUCUAAAGAAAAACAUCUCAAAUGGUUCUGACACCAGUUCCUUGUUUACCUUCAGUCAUGUUCUGAUUCAGUGACAGCAGCAUAAAAUCCAUAAGACUUCAACAGUUAAAAAUCUAAGUGAAAUUUGCCAGCUAUGACUUUUCUCAUUUCAUGUAUUUGUCUGUUAAAUGUAAUAGUUUAUUUCUAAAACUAUUCCCAUUACAAUGAACACAGUUGAAUAACAUUUUAUUGAAGAUGCAGUCACAGCAUUAGUGACAAAGUAAUACAUAAAUCCAUAUUUCUUGACAGAUGUCCAUAUUGUAAUUUCAGUAGCGUAUUUUCAAUGUAAUAAACAGCCUGUUCAUA